AUGUUUGACUUGUUUUUGAAACUACAAGCUAACACUGACAAAAACGAUGUCAUUCAAAAUGAAGAAAGCACACCACUACACCGGAAACAGAACUACUGGACUGCAUUGGUAGGAAUUACAAUGGGAUUACUAUCAGGUGCAAGUCUUGCUAUUUCUGAUGUAUUUGUUCUGUUGUGUAUAAAGAUUGGAUAUUCACCAUCACAGGUUUUACUUGUCAAAUCAUUGGUGAUGAUGGCAAUAACUAUCCCGUUGCUCGUCUACAAGAAAAUCAAUAUUCUUAAAAUACAACGGAAAGAUACUAUUUUGAAUAUUGUGAAAAGUAUUAGUGAGAAUGGAGCGGAUCUCGUUUUUUACUAUGCCAUGAAUGGGAUCGGAAUGGGAGAUGCAGCCGCAAUAACAGCAGGGACAUUACCAAUAUUUUCACCUGUGUUUGCCUGUAUGUUCAUAAAAGAGAAGUGUAAACUCCACGACUGCAUUGGUAUUAUCAUAAAUGUCGCUGGAAUUAUAUUAGUAUCACGACCUCAAUUCAUAUUUGGUAAUAACACACAUUCAUCUGCACUCGGAUAUGUGUACGCCCUUUUAGCAGGAAUAUGGCUUUCUGUUGGUACAGUUUGUUCUAGAGCAAUGUCUGAUGGUCUAUCGCUAAUAGUUGUUGUAUUCUACAAUGGGUUAUGUGGUGCUAUAAUUAUGUUAAUAUUAGUGUACUCUACAAGUAGUGAUCGGAUGUUUGCAUUGAUACCUACAUAUCCUAUCACAACUGCAUAUCUAGUAGGGAUGGUAUCAUUGUACCUUGUUUUCUUGUACUCCUACAACAGAUCUCUACAGUUACAGAGUGCUUGUAAAACCACUAUACUUAUCAACAUUGCUAUUUUUGUAAGCUUUGUAGCUGAUAUCAUUGUAUUUCAUAAACAAGUGGUUAUCUUGGAAAUAAUAGGUGCUGCUUUGGUAAUUCUUAGUUCUAUUAUUGUAUUUGUGUUUACAUACUUUGAAACCAAAGACAGAAUAGACGAUGAAAUAACACUCCUUCAGAAACCAGAAUAA